AUGAAAUCUAAUGGAGGUCAAAAAUCAAAUAAAGUUAAAGGAUUAAAAAAUCGAAAUAGAAUAUAAAGAAUGAAGCUUAGAUCAAAGAAAUAGCAAGGUUAAAAUGAUAUAGGAAGGUAAUAGAUAUUUAAGUAUUGAUAGAAAAAUGGCUGGUAAUAAUUCAACUUUAUCAGUAAAAAUCAUUAAAACUAAAUCUCUAAGGAAACAAAAAAAUUCAUUGAAAAAAAAGAUUAUAAAAUCUUAAGUUGAUUAACCUAAGGAAUCUUAAUUGAAAGAUAAGUUAAAUUAAUAAUAAUCUAUUGAUAAAAAAGGGAAUUAAAAUUAAAAAAAAAAUAAAUAGAGUACAAAAUAAAAAAAUUAAACAAAUAAAGAAUAAUAAAGGAUAGAUACAUAAGUAGAGGAUAUAAUUAAUCAAAAAAUCAACUUUUAUAAUGCUAAAUUUACAAUUCUCACUGAGAUUGGAAUUCCAACAAUAAAUUUAAAUAAUGAUAGAAUAAAGUAGUAUAUUGAAAAAUAUCAGAAUGAAAUUAAAUUGAAUGAUGAAAUUGUAAUAUCUAAAUUAAUUGGAGCAAUUGGUGAAGGAUAUAUUGAAAGUGGUGAUGAAGUUAUAUAAAAUAUAGAAACAAAAGAAAAUAUAAUUUAAAAAUAAAUUGAAUAAUAUUUAGAAGAAUGUAAUAUCAAACUUGAAUGGACAGAUGAUAAAUGGAAAAAGCUUAUUAAAAAAACUUUGAUUGUAAUUCCUUAUUAGCAAAUGCCUAAUGUAUAGAUGAAGAGAGAUUUAAGUGGAAUAGAAAAAUAUAAAAUUCUAUUUGAAACUUUAAGUUUAUUUACUUAAAUAAGUAAAUGGAGCAAAAUGUAAAUGUUACAUUAGUUUUGCCAGAACUUUCCAUUAUAAACCAAAGAGGGAAUUGAUUUAAAAGAGUUGGUUAAUGAAAAUGAAUUACAUAAUAUCAGAUUAAUAAGAGAAUAUUUAAGUCGCAUAAUGAAUGCCUUAAAUAAAAUUGGAUAAUUAAAAGUUUAAAGGGAUUCUAGAGAGGAAUUACAUUUAAUAGGAAAUUAAUUAUAGGAUUUAUCAGUAGAAUAUUAUUUGAAUAAGAUGAAGGUACUCUAACUCAAACCAGUAAUAUUACCAUAAUUCACUAUUAAAUAAAUAGAAAACAAUAUAUUAAAAGAUGAAAAUAGAGAAGAUCCAAUUUAAAAUUAAUCUUAAGAUGGAUAAUAAAAUCUUGAUAAUCAAUUAUAAUAAAAGAAAACAAUUCAAAUAAAAGUUUUUAAAUCAAAAACUCUAUUAGAAUAUUUUAAACCUACAAAGUAAUAGAACUUAAAUGAUGAUAAUUCUUAAAGUGUAAUUGAGAGUAAAGAAAGGAAUGAAAAAUAGAUAAAUUAAACAUCUGAGAAUAAAUCUUCAAUAUAAUAUUUUGAUGUUUUGGAGAACUUUUUUUAAAAUAAGUUAAUUAAACAUAUUAAAGUUUAAGAUUAAAAAAAAUGA